AGCGAGUGAAUGAGUGUGAGGAGUUGCUGAGAGGUUCGGUUCGGUUCUGUAUCGCUCCGGUACCGCACGAGCCAUGAGUGUGUUCAAGCGCGAGCUCCAAUUACUCAGCCUCGCGCUGCUGCUGUGUGUGAGCGCGAGCGCUCCGCUGUGUGAUGUUCCGGUACAGCGGUGGUGCGAGUCCGAGCAAACUGCCCAGAGGUGUGGGGUGCUGGAUCAGUGUGUACAGGUGAACUCCAGCAGGUGGCGCUCUGACGAGAGGGUGAACGUGAGUCUGUAUUACGAGUCUCUGUGCCCCGGCUGUCGGCAGUUCCUCACCCAGCAGCUCAUGCCAACCUUCGCCAUGCUGAGUGACAUCAUGACCGUGGAGCUCGUUCCCUACGGCAACGCCCAGGAGAAGCAGGUGGGGCAGAAGUACCAGUUCCUCUGUCAGCACGGAGAGGACGAGUGUCUGGGGAACAUGAUCGAGACCUGCAUGCUGGACAAGAUGGGCGAUGCUGCGUACGCGGUGAUCACCUGCAUGGAGGCGUCUACCGACGUGCUGAAGGCGGCGCCUACCUGCGCUGGUCUGUUCAGCCCCGACACCUCGUACGCGGACGUCAUGUCGUGCGUGAACGGCGACGAGGGGAACCAGCUGAUGCACCAGAACGCCAAGAAGACCGGCGCCCUGCAGCCGCCGCACCAGUACGUGCCCUGGAUCACCAUCAACGGGAAGUACACUGAAGACCAGCAGCAGACAGCUCAGAGCUCGCUCUUCAUCCUCGUCUGCAGCCUCUACCAGGGGGAGAAGCCGGCAGCCUGCACUCUCGGUCAGAAGCAGAUGAAGACGAGUUACUGCUGACAUGGGUUCAGUACAACCCCCCACCCCCCCGAAAAUCUCCUACCCUUUAAUUACUGAAUAAAAAACUGCAGAUGUGAUUUUUCUACAGGACUUUAUUAUUGAUGAUGUGAUGAGAUGUGAUGAGAUGUGAUGCUGUUAGAGAUCAAACACUCGAGCAAUACGUCAACAAUAAACAACAAUAAACAAUAAAACGUUUGAUAUUUGA